AUGAGUACGGGCAUCUGGAGCAUCCUAGAUGGGGUGGGAAUUGCAGAUGGUUGCAAGCGUCUAGACAUGGGUGCUACGAAUCAGCCCUCUCCAGGACGAACAAGCGGCCUCUCCUCCUACAAAGGGGGACUGGAAAGCUGGUCAACCCAGUCCCAGAAGCAGAGCUCUGAGUUGGCCUACCCUAGCAUCCACCCCACCUAUGAGCUCCUGGAGCAUCCAGAGCUGCAAAAUCUCCAUGACACAGGGCAACAUGAUGUCCAUCUCCUUGUGGACCCAUGGAGGACCCAGCAGAAGCCAGAGGCCUCAAACCAUACCACUGAUUCAUUGCAGGAAGCCAAGAGCCAUGAGGAACAGUUAUCAAAGGAGUCCCUCUCCACAAGAAGAAUCUGGCCCAGUUCGAUCGGUAGCGGGAGCGGAGAGCGGACCCCAGAGAGCCCUGAGAGCCCCGCCGCCGCCGGCCCCAGUCACCACCACCGCAACCAUGAGCAGCGAGGCCCCGCCGUUGCCCUCAGCGCCGCUGACACCAAGCCCGGCUCCACGGGCAGCCCGGGCGGCCUCACAUCGGCGGCGCCCACCGGUGGGGACAAGAAGGUCAUCGCAACGAAGGUUUUGGGAACAGUAAAAUGGUUCAAUGUAAGGAACGGAUACGGUUUCAUCAACAGGAAUGACACCAAGGAAGACGUAUUUGUACACCAGACUGCCAUAAAGAAGAAUAACCCCAGGAAGUACCUUCGCAGUGUAGGAGAUGGAGAGACUGUGGAGUUUGAUGUUGUUGAAGGAGAAAAGGGUGCGGAGGCAGCAAAUGUUACAGGCCCUGGUGGAGUUCCAGUUCAAGGCAGUAAAUACGCAGCAGACCGUAACCAUUAUAGACGCUACCCACGUCGUAGGGGUCCUCCACGUAAUUGCCAGCAGAAUUACCAGAAUAGUGAGAGUGGGGAAAAGAACGAGGGAUCGGAAGGCGCUCCUGAAGGCCAAGCCCAACAACGCCGGCCUUAUCGCAGGCGAAGGUUCCCACCUUACUAUGUGCGGAGACCCUAUGGGCGUCGACCACAGUAUUCCAACCCUCCUGUGCAAGGAGAAGUAAUGGAGGGUGCUGACAACCAGGGUGCAGGAGAGCAAGGUAGACCAGUGAGACAGAAUAUGUAUCGGGGUUACAGACCACGAUUUCGCAGGGGCCCUCCUCGCCAAAGACAGCCUAGAGAGGAUGGCAAUGAAGAGGACAAAGAAAAUCAAGGAGACGAGACCCAAGGUCAGCAGCCACCUCAACGUCGGUAUCGCCGCAACUUCAAUUACCGACGCAGACGCCCAGAGAACCCUAAACCACAAGAUGGCAAAGAAACAAAAGCAGCCGAUCCACCAGCUGAGAAUUCGUCCGCUCCCGAGGCUGAGCAGGGCGGGGCUGAGUUAAUGCCGGCUUACCAUCUCUACCAUCAUCCGGUUUGGUCAUCCAACAAGAAGAAAAGAAUAUGAAAUUCCAGCAAUAAGAAAUGAACAAAGAUUGGAGCUGAAGACCUUAAGUGCUUGCUUUUUGCCCGUUGACCAGAUACACUAGAACUAUCUGCAUUAUCUAUGCAGCAUGGGGUUUUUAUUAUUUUUACCUAAAGAUGUCUCUUUUUGGUAAUGACAAAUGUGUUUUUUAAAAAAAAAAAGGUCUGGUUUUUCUCAAUACACCUUUAAUGGUUUUUAAAUUGUUUCAUAUCUGGUCAAGUUAAGAUUUUUAAGAACUUCAUUUUUAAUUUGUAAUAAAAAGUUUACAACUUGAUUUUUUCAAAAAAAGUCAACAAACUGCAAGCACCUGUUAAUAAAGGUCUUAAAUAAUAA